AUGGGUGUAUAUGUGAGAACUUGUUGUAGUUGCACAUGUACUGUAGAUGCACACAUCUGCAGCAAGCCUUGGCUUACUCUGAAAUCUGCUGCACUAAUUUCAGUACCCAAAGCCCACCUUCAUUUCCAUAGUGGUGGGCUGCUGGGUCUAGGGUGUAAAGUUUCUGGAAACUUUGAAACAGUUGAAGGGGAAAAACUGGGUUUAUUUAGGGGGUGGAUGACAGAAAUGGAAAUCUUGCAAUAUGCAAUUACUCCCCCCCCCCCGAGCCAGCUCUGCAGCUAUCACAUGAUGGCAAGAAAUGUGUUUUGA